AUGCAACAACCACAACAAGAAAUUACAGGCGAUGAUCAGGAACAAAUCAUGCCAAACAACACAAUAUACAUAAAUAAUAUUAAUGAAAAGAUCAAAGUGCCUACUCUUAAAAAACAAUUAUAUAGUAUGUUUGGACAAUUCGGAGAAGUUUUGGAUGUCAUAGCAAGUAGAUAUGAAAAGACUAGAGGACAAGCUUUUAUUGUAUUUAAAGAUGUAGCAACAGCAACAGCAGCAAAGAAGAAAUUAAAUGGAUAUGUAUUCCAUGAUAAGCCAAUGCAUAUUAAUUUUGCAAAAUCUAAAAGUGAUGCUACAGCUAAAUUAGAUGGAAAUUAUGAAGAAUAUAAAGCAAAGAGAAAAGUUAAACAAGAAUCAUCUAAACAAUCUAGGAGGGAAGAAAAUCUGGUUCCAAGCAGUGUACUUUUCAUUGAAAAUUUACCAAGGGAUGUUGAAAAGAGUUCAGAAUUACUUGAAACAUUAUUCAACAAUUAUGAUGGAUAUAAGAAAUUGAGAUUGGUAGGAGAGAAAGGUGUUGCCUUUGUGGAAUAUGAAACUAUUGAACAAGCUACAUCUGCUAGAGAAGGUCUUCAAUCAUGGAAGAUUAAACAACAACCAAUGCGAAUCAGUUUCAAAAAGAUGUAA